AAGCCAGCGAAAAUUUGGCCCGGAGGCGGACUACGGAUAUGGAGGCAGCAGCCUCGGGAGCGACGAUGAGGAUCUGAGUAACGGACUCAAUGGAGGAAUUCUGUUGUGGGACUCGUUCAAAUGCAUAGCACCAAAUCCAAAAUCAGGUUCGAUGGUUGAGAAACGUUGGUACGAAGUCAUUUUGCGUAUCGUCAAAAUCAUCUUAUAUAUCUUCUUAUUUUGUGCGAUUCUUGGAGGUAGUGUCAUCGCAAAAGGAACCGCCUUCUUUGCCACGUCACAACUUAGUCAAAGGCCCAUACCUUAUUGCAACUAUUAUCCUGGUCACACCAGGAGCAAACAACCGGUUUACGAAGUCUCGCUUCCGGAAAAUGCACGUAACUCUUGGGUCUGGUGCAUAAUCUUGAGCUUCGCUUUGCCGGAAGCCCUGGACUUCCUCUGCUUUCUAUGGAACUGUUUGUUCAUCAAUGUCAAGCUGCCCAGCGCACGUCACAUCAUCUUACUAAGCGCGAUCGAAAUUAUUCAAGUAGCAGCUUUGGCGCUCUUAUUUCUCAUCGUUCUCCCGGAUCUCGACGUCCUUCAAGGCUCCACGGCUCUUAGCUGCGUCUCUGUCAUACCAAGUGCUCUCGGAUUACUAUCGAAAUCAAGAUAUCAACAGAAUAAACAAGAAUCUCGACUCUACUUAUUCGGAGAUGUUAUAUCAUUAUUAUGCCAAAUAGCCGGACUGAUCUCUUUCACUCAUCUCGCAUUAAAGAAAAAAAAUGCUUUCGCACCGUGGACUAUUUCUAUUGCCCUUACACUAUCAUCUUUACGCUGGUGGGCAAACUACGUAACGAAUGAUAGUAAAUUUGGUUUUAUAAAAUAUCUCGCAAAAUCUAAGAGAAAAUUGCAAGCACAUAGAUCGAUAUUGAUUGGCUACACGUCGUUACUUCGAAUCGUAAUAUUUGUAUUCACUUCAUAUCUAAUUACUUUAUGGAAAGGUAUAGAGACGAGCAUGUUCUUCGAAGGACUUUGGAUGAAGGAGUACAAUUAUUCGGUAAAAUUUAUCAAUCAUUCGUUAAUUGGAAAAUUUGAAAUAAGUUUGCCUGAUGAUAAGAUAAUUUAUGCAUCUGGAAAUCGGUGGAUACCCUUUAAUAUUUUCUUAAUUCAUGCUCUAUCAAGUCUCUGCGUCUAUAAUUGUGGUAAGUUCGCCUGCAAAACCCUCAUGCAGGGCUUCGGGUUUGCUUUGCCUCUGAGCCUCGCACUACCUGUCAGCCUCACGGGCUUUUCGCUGCUGAGCGUCGUACGCAACCAGAACCAUUGCUUCUUCCACGGACUCGGACCCUUCGCAGCCCUUGACUACCUUUUCUUCACGACACCCCGUCCGGAAGAUUACUUAACCUGGCGCUGGCAGCUCUUUCUAUGGCUUAUCUCACUGUUCUCCCAGCUAUGGACCACGAGACACAUCUGGUGCACAAGGAACGAGAGACUCGCCACCGCAGAUAGAAUAUUCGCGGUCUCGUCCUAUGACUCUCUCCUCGUCGACUUGUCCUUAGCGAUGAGUAGGAGGAGGGAAAACUUUGAAGAGGAGCAAGAGGAGGAGGAGGAGGAGGAGGAGGAGGAGUUCGACAACUGCGAAGUACCAAUAAUAGUUACGAAGAAUUCAUUGUCUUCGGUAAAGAACCGGGACCAUAUUACACGAAUUUACGCUUGCGCGACCAUGUGGCAUGAGACACCAGAAGAGAUGACAGAUUUUCUUAAUAGUAUUCUUCGAUUGGAUCGCGACCAAUGCAUUAUGCGAAUAAUUCAAAAUAAUUAUCAAAUAACGUCGCCCGACUAUUAUGAAUUAGAAGUUCAUAUAUUCUUCGAUGACGCAUUGAAGUGUAUUCAUGAAUGUAGCGGCCGAUGCUUCCACGACGAAAAUAAAACUCGCGUGAACGAGUAUGUGGUGAACUUCAUCAAGACGGUAGAAAAAUGUAUUAGAGCGCGAAAUUUGCGAAGCUCCCCACCGCUAAAAUAUCCCACACCUUACGGUGGAAGACUACUUUGGAUCUUACCUGAGAAAACUAAGAUGUACUUGCACCUUAAGGAUAAGAAUAGGAUUCGAACGAAAAAACGAUGGAGUCAGGUGAUGUACAUGUAUUAUUUAUUGGGUUACCGAUUAAUGGAGCUGCCAAUCGAAGUGGAGCGAAAAGAAGUCAUUGCCGAAAAUACGUAUAUUCUGACGCUCGAUGGUGAUAUUGACUUCAGGCCAAGCGCCGUCAGGACUCUCGUCGACAGAAUGAAAAUCAAUAAGGACGUGGGAUCGGCAUGUGUCAGAAUCCAUCCAUUGGGAAAAGGGCCGCUAGUUUGGUUCCAAAAAUUCGAAUACGCGAUCGGCCAUUGGCUUCAGAAGUCGACGGAACACACGACGGGAUCCGUCCUCUGUGCGCCCGGAUGCUUCGCCCUUUUUCGAGCCAAGGCCCUCAUGGACUACAACGUCAUGAAGAAAUACGCGACUGUGGCGACCGAGGCCCGCCAAUUCAUUCAGUACGACCAGGGCGAGGAUCGAUGGCUCUCCACUCUCAUUUUACAAAUGGGCUAUAAGGUAGAAUAUUCAGCUGCCAGCGAUGCCUAUACACACGCUCCAGAAACUUUUACCGAGUUUUAUAUUCAGCGACGUAGAUGGAUUCCUUCGACAAUCGCUAACGUUUUUGACUUACUCGAAUCAGCUGCAGAGACGAAAAAAGUUAAUCGAGACAUUUCUAAUAUCUACAUAGGUUACCAAUGGAUAUUAAUGGGAAGCACAAUCUUAGGCCCUGGAAUAGUAUUUUUAAUGCUUGUUGGAGCUUUCGUGUCCGCUUUCCAAAUUGCCAAUUGGUCUAGUUUUGGCUGCAACCUGGUUCCAAUAAUUAUAUUUUGCUUUACCUGUUAUUACUGCAAUGAAAAAACGCAACUGCUGGUGGCCAGCAUUAUCUCGACGAUCUAUGGACUGGUUAUGGUGGUCGUGCUCGUGGGUAUAAUGAUCGAGAUAGCGUCCGACGGAUGGCUGGCCCCGAGCACAUUGCUCUUUUUUAUAAUCGCGGGCGGACUAGUGACCACGGGCCUCCUCCAUCCACUCGAGUGGAACUGCCUCCUUUAUGGGGUCAUCUUCUACGUCACCCUACCAUCCAUCUACAUGCUCCUCAUCAUCUUCUCUCUCUUCAACAUGAACAACAUUAGCUGGGGAACGAGGGAUGCAUCCAAGUUCCCGUCGGAUACGCUCCACAACGCUUGUAGAGCCAUCGGCAAUGGCACCCAAUCGACAAUGACCCCCAAGGCUAACCAAGACCAUCACGCAAUUAUCGUCGAUUGCAACGAGAAGUCGAGCACCUCCGAUGAAAACGGGAGUUCGGAUACGGAGAGUGACGGAGACGAUGCCCCGAGCCUCCACUACACCGACAACUUCCUCGUUUCUCCAAACUGGUUGCACGACAGGGCUGCCCUUGGCAAGGGCGAGGUCGAGUAUCUAGAAUCCAAGGAGGAGAUAUUCUGGAAGCGGUUAAUUAGCGCUUAUCUCGAUCCCAUCGAUAAGGAUGAGAAACAGGAGGCAGAAAUUGCCAAGCAAAUAAAAGAUUUGAGAGACCAGUACAUUUUUAAGUUCUUUAUGAUAAACUCAUUAUUUGUUUUUAUCGUCUUUUUAAUGCAACUUAAUAAAGACACAUUAUAUAUACGAUGGCCUCUUGGAGUGAAAUACAAGAUCACGUAUGACAGUGAUAAAACCGAAAUCAAUAUUUCUAAAGAAUAUUUACAUUUGGAGCCAAUUGGUUGUCUCUUUAUUAUUGGAUUCAUCAGUAUUCUGUGCUUUCAAUUUGUUGCAAUGCUCUUUCAUCGUUUUGACACGUUUUCUCACAUUAUGGCUAAAGUUACGCUAGAUUGGUAUUGCUGUAAUAAGACUACUGAUUUGUCCGAAGAGGCUAUAAUUGAACGGCAUGCAGAUAAAAUAAUGAAGGAACUUCAACGUCAAAUUGAUCGAGAUAUGAAAUCAGAUUUUGAUCAUAAUAGUAUACUUCCGCCAAGAAAACGUAUGACCAUUCAUCAAACUAUUGCAGGAAUUGACCGGAAAAACUCUUACGCCAAUACAUUCAGUACUACUGUUUUAAAGAAUUUAGAUAAAUGCGGACAAAGUGGUAAUGGAGGUUUCAUGUCAAAACGAAUGUCUCAAACAGUAUUGCGAGCAUUACAGAGGCGUCGAACAACGAUUUUGGAAGAACGAAAACAAUCGCAAAUAGAGGGUCGCGAGUAUGAUGAUAUUUACGCCAAUGAAAGAAAUUUCGUCGGCGUGAAAUUACAGGGUCAAUCGACUAGAACAUUGCACGCUUAUGAAAAUUCCGCAUUUGUCGCGGAAGAGUUUACGACGGAAGAAAAUAUUAAUGUAUGAAUGAAUAAUA